AUGACAAAUUCCAAUCUAUAUUCAUCAUUUACAAGUGCUGAUGUAAGUCAUAAUGAAUCAUCCUCUUCUACUCAAAUUUUGACCACAGAAGAUGUCAAAUCCAAAUUUAAACUGGCAGUGCUCGACGACAUUAAUAAUAAAAAACCUCAUCAAGUUAAAGAACUAGCUGAUGGAAUACAAAAGUUAUUGAAUAAGAAAAUCGAUAGAUACAAUGUCGUUUCACAUGGUAUUGACAAAUUACAUAUGGCUAAAUGGUGGUCAAAAUUUGGCUUUGCAAAAGAAAUAGUAUCUGGCGAUACUUAUACUGCUACUAAUUUCGUUUCGUGUGAGGUUUGCUUUGCUACAUUUCGUUAUGGUUCAUCAUCUACAGAAGCAAUAUCACACCAUCGAUGCAAUGUAUCAUCCUCAGUCAAAUUAAUUGAUGGUGAAAAUCAGCAUGUAUUAGAUAAACACUUUAUUAAAAAGAAGACAGCAUUUCGUUCUUCUGAACAAAAAAAAGUAACAAAAUUAUUUUCAAUUUGGGUUUCGGAAAGUUUACGUCCCAUAUCGAUAAUUGAGGAUCAAGGAUUGAAAGAAAUUUGUGCCCACUUUUAUAAUUUAGGUGAACAAAAUUCGGGUCGUCAUAUGGACUUAGAUAGUUUAUUUCAAUCCCGUCAAACAUUGUCACGUUGUAUAGCAAAAGAAGCACAAUGGUGUAGAGAACAACUGAUCGAGAUUAUUAAAGAACCUAUUCAAAGUCAAUCAGUAACAGUUUCACCAGAUAUGUGGUGCGACCAUUAUCGUCAGAUCUCUUAUUUAGGUGUCACAGUAACUUUUGUAGAUAUAAAUUUAAAGUUUCGUAAGUUUACAAUGUCCUGUCGAAACUUCCCUGUUGAUCUAGCAAAAACUGGUGAAAACGUGUCAAAGAUAUUGACUGAAGAAUUAAAGAAAUAUGGUAUUGAAAAUUUUGAUUCUGUUUGUUGGGUUAGUGAUCGUGGAUCUAACUUCAUACGAUGUUUUAAUUUAAAUAUGGUGGUUCCAAUAUUUUGUUUUGCACAUAGAAUGCAUAAUGUUUUAACUAUUACAUUUCUCAAUAAAAAGGAUUAUGGUUAUUUUAAUGACGAGUCUAUUGAAGACAUUCCUGAUAAUUUAGGACAAGAUGAAUUUCUUGGUGACGCUUUUGUUACAUUGUCUAUCAAGAGAAUUUUUUUGACUAUUAACUAUACAAAAAUUCUAAUAAAAUAUGUGAAAUUGACAAAUGUAAAUGAACUGAUCGUAAAACUAGGUGGUGAUGGUACCAAAACAUUAAAACAGUCCGUUGUGACGCGGUGGCUCUCCUUAUUUACAUGCAUAGAGUCGGUUUACAGUAAUUAUGAUGCCAUUAUAUUGGCUUUGGAGAGUCGUCGUGCUACAAAAUAUAUUAAUGAUUUAACAAAAUAUAAUCUGAUCGAUGUCUUAUUAUUAUUAGCUCCACUUAAUGCUGCUCUUCAAGCUAUUCAAAUGGAUGAAAUGCCUUCUAUACAUUUGGUUAUUCCAUUUUAUCAAAAGUUGAUGAACGAUUAUAGCAGUUUUUCUAAAUUAUUUACAUCAGCAAAAAAACGUUAUCCUGAUAUAUUUCAAACUUCGUUUGUUUGUGAUUACUUAGUAAAUGAACCCCAUGGUAUGUAA